AUGGAAUAUUCAUGCGUUGGAUUUAACGAUUUACCUGAUGAAAUUCUGAUGAUUAUUUUCAAAAAAAUAAACAAUCUUGAAGUACUUUAUUCUUUACAAGGUGUUAAUCAACGAUUAAAUAAAAUUGUUCAAGAUUCGACUUUUACAAGUCGUUUGACUUUUGUCAAAAGAUGCUCAGAUAAUUUUAUCGAUCUAUUUCAUUGUAAUAUGAUGCUUAAUCGAUUUUGUUUACAAAUUUUACCUGAAAUUCAUGAUAAAAUCAAAUGGCUUGAUCUUGAAUCAUCAUCUAUGAAGAAUGUUUUAUGUGCUGCUGAUUAUCCUAAUUUGUAUGGUCUUGGCCUUUAUAAUAUUAAUGAAGAGUCAGUUCGAUGUCUUUUUACUGAUGAAACUCUUUCAUCUGGUAUAUUUAAAAAUCAGAUUAGAACACUUUUUCUUACAAUUGAUAAUAAUAAUGAUUAUUAUGAAGAAAUGGUAUUGUCAGCAACAAGCAUAGUUAAUUACAUUUUGAAUGUUUGCACUAAUCUAAUCUGUUUAAUAUUAUAUGAAUCAUUGUAUAAAAAUCGUGUUCGAUUAUUGUUGGAUGAUGAAUUUCUUCCUACUUUUCGUUCUUCAACUCUUUUAAAAUUGAAUAUCAGAGUACAAUGUUUUGAUGAUUGUCUUCAUCUUCUCGAUGGUCGAUUUAAUCAACUUCAUACGCUCUGUGUUGAUUUAGUUCAUAUUCAUCAUCCACAAGAAAUUAUAAAUCAAGGUGAUUUACCAAACCUAAAGUGUUUUUCUCUAUCCUGUUAUUUAGCAACAAGUUAUUACAAUGCAUUGAUCCUACCACUUCUAUAUCGAAUGUCAAAUCUAGAACAACUCGGUUUGUAUAUUGAAGUUACUAUUAAUACAGCAUUUAUUGAUGGAAAUCAUUUAAAGAGAGAUAUUAUUAAUCGUAUGUCACGAUUAAAGCAAUUUACAUUUUAUAUUCAUUCAUUUAUGAUUAAUUGUAAUCAAUUGGAUUUUCCAUCAACAGAAGAUAUUCAACGCACAUUCAUUGACUUUCCAAAUAAUAAUAUAAUUUCUUAUGUUGAUUAUUUUCCAGAAGCAAAAGAAAGUCAAUGUCAUAUUUACUCUUAUCCAUCUUUUAUGCCAUAUUACUACAAUAUUACAAAUAAUUUUCCAGGUGGAUUAUACAAAUAUGUUCGUGCGAUAUCAUUAUUUGAUGAAUAUCCUUUUGAACAUGAAUUUUUUCUUCAAAUUCAAAAAUCAUUUCCAUUUAUAGAAGAAUUAUCUGUGAUUAAUUAUAAAUCACAAAAUGAAAAACAAUCUUAUGAAUCAAACAAUGACUGUCAAAAUUUAUCUCUUAUUGAAUAUUCCUUUCUUAAUGAACUUGCUAUUGUCAAGGGUCAUGAUGAUUAUAUAGAACAAUUUCUAUUUAAUACUAAAACAUAUUUACAAAAUAAUGUUCUUCUUCAUAUCAAUUAUGAAUCUUUGCAACGAGUAACACACAAUUUCACAAGAGAAAAUACACGAAUUAACUGUGCCAAAAUAAAUAAACUACAAUUAUAUGGUGAAGCAACAUGUCCAAAUUCUUCUUUACAAGAAUAUUUUCCUUAUGCAAAAAUAUCUUAUCUAAGAAGAUUUUGA